UUUAUGCGGCACACUCACAAAGGGGAGGGGUUGCCUCAAUUCACUCAGCUUUAUGUUACCAGCAGAUCAAUAGAGAUGCUCCCUUUGCUUUCCUCUAUCUGUGUCUUUGCCGGUCUCCCUCUCUGUCCAUCUCUCUCAUCCACAUCUGCUCAGCAGCCAAUCCAUCUAAUGCAGUUUCCUCCCGCUCGCUUCAUCCAUGCCGCCUCCCAUCCUCUCUCUCUCUCUUUCCCUGUCUCUCUCUCUCUCUUUCUCGCUGCACAGGUGAUGUCAUUCUUUUUCAGCUGGAUUCUCCUCCCUUCUCCUUCCUCCCUCGCUCUCACUUCUCUCCUCAGUUUCCCAUUAGCGGCUGGCUCUCCACCGCGCAGCAUCUAUCCACGGUAGCUUCUCUCCGAGGGCGGGAGGGGGAGGAGAAGUGCCGGCGAGAGGUGUGAGCGCUAACCAGGGACGAGAGCUUGAAGCUGGGGGUACGGGAGCAGGAUCAUUGCCCCCCCAGCUACCCCCGAUGCCAUGAAGCUGCACCGCUGGGUCCACACAUGCACCACUGGAGCUUUAUAGAGAGAUAAAGAGUUCUAAAGAGACAAGAGAAAGGAGUUUGACAGAUAGUGAAUGAGGAGGAGAGGAAAGCUGCAGGCAAAUGAUCCAGGAUUUUGGGAGGCGAGAGGGGAUUGUUUGGAUGACUUGAAGCCAGACAAGAGGCUACUUCCCUGGGGGCUGCAGAUGCACAGACAAGCCCCUCUUUUUAUUCAGCACCGGCCCGUCUAUUGAGGAGUGGUACCUUCUUCAAAGAAGUGAAUCUCAAAGAAGGCAGAAUGGACUCAAUGAGUUUCUGCAUUGAACUUUUAACAGAAAAAUCUGCUUAACUUGCAUGUUAAGUUGGAUGGAUUUAUCUUUUAUCUCUGACCAUGCAACCUCCUCCUCCUUUGGAUUUAGUUUGAAACAUUCUCUCUUCUUAAAGCUUCUCUGUUGCAGUUCCUUUGAAUGCUUCAGCAGAAGAAAGAAACCCUGACAUAUGAACGGAUCUGUGUUGACUGUAAGUCUCCUUCUGCAGUGAAAUCUGACAGUCAUCCAGCUAAUCUUCUCGCCUUUAACCACCAAAUCAGCAAAGGAUUUCUUUUUUUAAAAAGCACCUUCUGGACAGUUCUCCUCUUGCAGCAAAGAGAGUGGCGUCAGCCCUUGCCCUGCUCUUUCACUUAUUUAUUUUUUUCUUCAUCUCUUGGUGAACGGGGGGAAACUUCCCUUCGCUAGCACCCUCCCUCCUGUGGAAAUGGCUUUCCUGGUCCGUUGCUAUGCCAACUGCUUGCAGCCGUGGUCCUCCAAACUUCCUGCUGACCUCAAUAAGAUGCACCUAACAGACCACGCCCACCAGCAGGUGAUGCACAUGCCUCCCAGCCAAUCAGGAUGCAGCAUCGCCAGCGAUUCGGGGAGCAGCAGCCUGUCAGAUAUUUACCAGGCCACUGAGAGCGAACUGGGCGAUGUGGACCUGUCUGGACUUCCAGAGGCUGCAGUGGACAGCGAGGAAGAGGAGGAGGAAGAUGAGGAUCUGGAGAGAGCUUCAGACACUCUUCUGGGCCGAGAUCUGGUCCGAGAGUGUUUGGAAAAAGAUCCAGCCGACCGCAAUGACGACGACAUCGAGCAACUACUGGAGUUCAUGCACCAGCUGCCCGCCUUCGCCAACAUGACCAUGUCUGUGAGGAGGGACCUGUGCAGCGUCAUGGUGUUUGAGGUGGUGGAGCAGGCUGGAACAGUCAUACUGCACGACAAACAGGAGCUGGAUCUCUGGUAUGUGAUCCUGAAUGGAGCAGUGGAGAUCAGCCAUCCUGAGGGAAGAACGGAGAGUCUUUGUAUGGGCAACAGCUUCGGCAUCUCACCCUCGCUGGACAAACAGUACAUGAACGGGGAAGUUCGCACAAAGGGGGACGACUGCCAGUUCGUCUGCAUCGCCCAGGAGGACUACUGGCGCAUCCUCAACCAUGUGGAGAAGAACACGCACAAGGUGGAGGAGGAAGGGGAGAUCGUGAUGGUGAAGGAGCACCGUGAGCUUGAUCGCAGCGGGACCAGGAAGGGACACAUUGUCAUCAAGGGAACCCCGGAGCGUUUGAUCAUGCAUCUGGUGGAGGAGCCGUCGGUGGUGGACCCCACCUACAUCGAGGACUUUCUGCUGACCUACAGGACCUUCCUGUCGAGUCCCAUGGAGGUUGGCAAGAAGCUGCUGGAGUGGUUUCAGGUGGACAGCUUCAGGGACACGGUAACCAGAAUAGUGCUGCUGUGGGUCAACAACCACUUCAAUGACUUUGAGGGUGACCCCGCUAUGACACGCUUCCUGGAGGAUUUUGAGAAACAUCUAGAGGCCACAAAAAUGAAAGGCCAUUUGAGGCUGCUGAACAUAGCCUGUGCGGCCAAGGCUAAGUGGAGGCAGAUCACUCUGCAGAAGGCGUCCAGGGAGUCGCCGCUCUACUUCAGCGUGCAGGGAGGCAGUGAGAGAGGAUUCGGCAUCUUUGUUGAGUCGGUGGAAGAAGGAAGCAAAGCUGCAGAGGCCGGACUCAAACGGGGAGAUCAGAUCAUGGAAAUCAAUGGUCAGAACUUCGAAAAUAUCUCCUUCUCCAAAGCUCUUGACAUCUUGAGGAACAACACCCACCUUUCCCUCACUGUCAAAACCAACAUAUUUGUCUUCAAAGAACUCCUCAGCAGGAUCGUGCACGAGAAGAAGAACGGCGGCCCCCACAUCCCCAAGAUCCAGGAGAAAAAAGGCAACCGCUUCUCCAUCCCCGACCUUCCUGGAGACAUGGAGUUCCCCACGGACCACAAGAGCACCCGGAAAAUGAAGGCCAACACUGUGUCUGGAGGACGCAACAAGAUCAGGAAGAUGCUGGAGAAGACGCGCUUCAGUAUACUGCCACCAAAACCAUUCAGUGAUGGUGGCAUGGGUCAGUCUCAGGAUGACAGCAUCGUGGGCACCAAGCAGUGUCGUCACAGCGUCGCCAUCAUGCCGAUUCCUGGAAACCUCUCAUCCAGCAGCCCGGACCUGCUGCAGCCGGCGACCAGCGUCCUCGACUUCUCCAACCCUGCAGCCCUGGGACUGUACUAUAUCCCAGACCAGGUUAUUCGGGUGUUCAAGGCCGACCAGCAGAGCUGCUACAUCAUCAUCAGUAAGGACACUACUGCCAAGGAUGUCGUCGCCCACACUGUCAAUGAGUUCGGUCUCAUCGCAGCGCCUGAAACCUACUCCCUGUGCGAAGUAUCUGUCAGCCCGGAGGGAGUCAUAAAGCAGCGCCGCCUUCCCGACCAGCUCUCCAAACUGGCUGAUCGGAUUCAGCUCAACGGCAGGUACUACCUGAAAAACAACAUGGAGACGGAGACGUUGUGUUCGGAUGAGGACGCCCAGGACCUCCUCAGAGAGAGUCAGAUCUCGCUGCUGCAGCUCAGCACCAUGGAGGUCGCUGCCCAGCUCUCCAUGAGAGACUUUGAACUCUUCAGGAACAUCGAGUCCACAGAGUACGUGGAUGACUUGUUCAAGCUGGACUCCUCUAUAGGAAGCGGCAACCUGAAGCAGUUUGAGGAGGUGAUAAACCAGGAGACCUUCUGGGUGGCCACAGAGAUCCUGAAGGAGCCCAACGCCCUGAAAAGGAUGAAGACCAUCAAACACUUCAUCAAAAUCGCACUGCACUGCAGAGAGUGCAAGAACUUCAACUCCAUGUUCGCUAUUAUCAGCGGGCUGAACUUGGCGCCGGUGGCUCGACUGCGGAGCUCGUGGGAGAAAUUGCCCAGUAAGUACGAGAAGCUGUUUGGGGACCUGCAGGACGUCUUCGACCCGUCCAGGAACAUGGCCAAGUACCGCAACGUGCUGAGCAGCCAGAGCAUGCAGCCACCCAUCAUCCCGCUGUUCCCGGUGGUCAAGAAGGACCUCACCUUCUUACACGAAGGCAACGACUCCAGUGUCGAUGGUCUUGUGAACUUUGAGAAGCUGAGGAUGAUCGCCAAGGAGAUCAGACACGUGGUGCGAAUGACUUCAGCCAACAUGGAUCCCGCUCUAAUGUUCAGACAGAGGAAGAAGAGGUGGAAGAGUUUAGGGUCUUUAAGUCAAGGCAGCACCAACUCCAACAUGCUGGACGUGCAGGGUGGAGCCCAUAAGAAGCGAGUGCGUCGCAGCUCGCUUCUCAACGCCAAGAAGCUGUAUGAAGACGCUCAGAUGGCCAGAAAGGUGAAGCAGUAUCUUUCUAACCUCACGGUGGAGACGGAUGAGGAGAAACACCAGAUCAUGUCCCUGCAGUGUGAGCCGGCUUACAACACCCUGUCUAAGAACUUGAGUGAGAGGCGAUCCACUAAGUCAGACAUGUCUCCAGUGUCGCUGCGGUCAGCUCUACCGACGGGAAAAACACAAAACAGGGUGUCACAAGUCCUUCAGGUCCAGGUCCCACUGAACCCUCUACGAAAGAAGAGCACUGCCAAGGACAUCGGCACGCCUAACUCUAACUCUCCCCAGGUGGUGAAGAAGCCUCCAGUGAACUCAUCAGAGGAGUGGAGCAGCAAGAGACCAUCUGAUGACACCGUCUCCACCAUCUCCUCCCUUCACUCCAGCCCCACGGUGUCGCCUCAGGGCUCCCCACGCAAAGUGGGAGGCGUGGCAAAGUCCCACAACUCCAGCCAGAUGAACUUGUCAGGAUCUUCGUCGUCUCUGACCAGCGACGCCAGCACAAAGGCCGUCAGCCUGCGCAGCUACGGCAUAGGUUAUGCCCUCCUGCCAGCUGGUAAAGCAGACAACCUGUCGGACUCCAGCCACAGCGAGAUCUCCUCCCGCUCCAGUAUCUGUUCGGUGGACUCGGUGCCGGCUCCGGGCCUUGAGGAACGAUGUAAUAGCAGCAACAGGACCUGUACUACUACUGCCUCUAUUACUUCUAUGACUACUGCUACCACGGCUGCUGCGGUUGCUGAGAGCACGGCAGCGAUGAAUGCACAUUUAAAUGCUGAUUACAGCCAGCCCAGCACAAGUAAUUUUUCAUCGUCUGCUCGAGGACACACAGCUCGAGCCUCCACCUUCACCUCCUCCGUAUCGACCGAGGAGCUGACCCCGGACCACACCUCUCUGGACUCGGUGGUCGACAGCGGCCGUGGCAGCUGGACGUCCUGCUCCUCCAACUCCCACGACUCCUUCCAGAGCCUCCCCCCCUCCUCCUGCCGGCCCUGGGACCACGGCAUCCAUGGCCACCCGCUCGCCCUCCAGCACGCACACCUGGGCGGCUUCAAGCACACGCAGCUGACCAGGCCCAUAGCCGAGGUCGAGGCGGCCGGCCCGGUGUGGGCCAACGAGGACGGCUGCAAGCAGCACUCCAGAGACUCCAGCUCAGAUCUGUCCAAUCAGUCGCGGCAGAGCUGGGCGUCGUCCAGCUCGCUGUCGGACACCUAUGAGGGGAAUUACAGCACGAUAAAGCGGCGAAACACCUCGGAGCACCCUUCCUCGCCGGCCAACGAGGAAGGAGGGCAAAGCACAGACCCUGCCUACAAAACGGUGACAUCAAGCACAGAGAAGGGCCUGAUAGUGUACUGUGUCACCUCCCCCGCCAAGGAUGAGCGUUACCGAGCUCCCCCUCCCACCCCUCCAGGCUACCAGGGUCUGGCUCUGGGGGAUCUCGGCCUCACAGACGGAGUAGUAGGUGGGCCAGGAGGUCUCCUCCCGAGGCCCCCGCACCUCAAACCUCCGGACUACAGCGUGGCCCUGCAGAGGAGCAAACUCCUGCAGAGCCCCGGAGCGGCUGGCGGUCUGGCCGAGGCUCGGAGGCUCGCCGGCGCCCUUCACCUCCAGCACCAAGACGCCCGGACUGCCGGCUCCACGCAGGGCCACUCCAGACCGCCCAGCAUCUGCCUCCCACCACAGGACCUGGCUGAUAGUGAGGAUGAUGAACAAGUGUCAGCGGUGUAAAGGCAGCGGCGUCGCACACACACUCGUUCUCACACACGGACCAAGUCGUGUUGAUCAGGCUUCUGACUGGACUAGCAGCCUGUCGUCAUCACAUGUCACAGCACAUUUUUCUCUAAGCCCCGCCCACAGUCCCGUGUGACGCCCCUGAACCUGACCGACGGGUCAGGUGACCUCUCGCCGCCUCCCAGGACUCACUCCGUCAGCUGUUUUUAAAUCCAUUUCACCAGACAGAGAAGAAAAAACAGAAAGAUUUAGAUACUUUUUGAAAAACUCCUGAACAGGUGGUGCGAUGGAAUCAUACCGCAGCAGACGCACGGCGAAAAAAUUCAUAAAAAAGCAGAAGGAAAGAGUGACAAUGAUGAUGCCUCGUGAGAAGUCGUCAUUGGAAACAGACCACCACGUACCUCCAUUUUUUGCGCUUUGAGCUCUCUUGUCUAAAGGCGUUGAAUAUUGUUUUUACAGUUUAAGAUGUUGUACAGUGGUUCUUUUCCUGCUUUUAUUUUUUUGUAAAGUGAUUUUUCUCCCUCUUUUCAGUUGCAUCUCUGAGCUUUGCAAAGUUUUCCUGUGAGAAUUGUGAGGAGGAGCAGACAAAGGGACACAAAGUUGCAGUCGCGAGUGCUUGUGGGGGAUUUUUUAUUUGUUACUGUUGUUUUAUUUUAAUGUUUGCUUAAAAGAAGAUGAAUGUAGAUGAACAAGAAAACCUUUUUUUUUUUUUGAGGUCUUUGCAAACCUCUGUUGAACCCUGGCACUGAUAAAUUUGCUCAAACACCACAAACUAAACCACAUGCACACAAACAAACACCCACAAUACUCACGUUUGACUGGACUGGAGGUCAGAAAAGCCCUCAGGAGCCACUAAAGAGCCCUUUUGCCAUAUUUUCCACUUCCUGUAGGUGGUGGAAAAAAAGAGAAAUUACACUCUGGUAGCAACGGAAAGCACGCCUGUUUGUGUUUAGCACUUAUUGUACUUUGCUGAGCUUCAUAGAAAAAAUGACAAACAGCAUCUCUCAGGCAGUUUUGGGUGUCUCCUUGUUGCGCUCUUCACCCCCACCACCACCACCCGCCUCUCUUAUUGCUCGUUCGGUCUGACGUGAGGUACUUUAGCGGCAUGCUGCCUCCUGGAUGUUCUAUAAAACCUGUAUUGUAACUUGUUUUUAAUGAGCUGAAGAACAAAUGCCUUGCUGCUGCUUCCCGUAGAGUUAAAACGCGUGUUGUUAUUUUAUUGCAGCAGCUAUAAUAAAACGAUAAAUUAGCACUGUGUGGCGACACAGUGUGCAUGCACACACACACACACAAAACACACAGCGGAAUCUUAGCUAGUGUGUAAAGACAAAGGACAGUGUUUACACAGACGCUUACACAUUUUGUUUACAGUGUUUAUUAGACUAGUUGUCUAUGGAAUUACAAGCUGAAAUGGUAAAAAAAAAAAAAAAAAAGUACAUCGCUCCAGGUUCAGUUGACCUUGUAAAUUUGUUUAUAAAUGCAGCAGGAGCUCCGCAGAUACAGCAUAAGCUUGGACCCUGUGCUCACGGUGGACAUCCCUCAUCUCGGCUUCUUAUUUAAAGAGCAACAAAACAAGUCUGCAGAUGAUGUGUUUUAGCGCCUGGCUCGCCUCUCCAUUCCAUGUUCAUAGUAUAUUUUGUAGAAUAUUUAAAGGAUGUGCUUGGAAAAAAACAACUUGUUUAUUUGUAAUGAAAGCGGACGCAAAUUUGUACAUUCGGACGGGGGGAAAAAACAUGUUUUCCAUUCGUGUUUAUCUGCAGUUCGGCAGGGGUGUAACUGGAAUUAGACGCUCUUCUCCUUCUGCUGUCGGUCUCGCGCUCUGUGACGCUUCUUUUGUUUUGUUUUUGCCACACAAAGACUUGAAAUGAUUGAUGCUAAUAUAUACAUGGCAUAUAUAUGAAUUUUUACAUAUAUAUUUUUGUUGUUUCUUUGCCAUAAAUUAAUGUUAACUGAUCAUGUAUAGAUGAGAGAAGAGAGUCCUCUAUAAAGGCUAUUUUUGAAUAUUUUGUUAUAAGAAAUAAUCCGAGGUUGUGAUCGCCCUGCUUCUGUUUUUGGGGCAGGAGUCUUUAACGGAGUUUCUGUUCGUUCUUGUCAGUGUUCAUGACAUAUUUUCUCCCCUCACUCUCUGUUGUUGGUGCCAUUUCUGCUCUUUGAGUGUAAUUGCUGCUGUGUUUUGGGAUAUGGCGGUGUGUGUGUGGAAUUAUUUGUGAGGCUGGAUCAACGUAGUUUUAAAAAAAAUAAUCCUGUUUUCAGUCUGGGGAUGCAGCAGAUGAAGAAAGGCUCAGAAGUCAUUUUCAAGAAAAAGCCCUUCUAAGUUUGCAGUUUUGCUUUGAUUGCUUCCGCCUGCAGAAAGGUGGGCCCCUCGCGAGUCUCCUGCCGCCGCUUUCGUGGCACAAGGCGAGUUCAUUCAAACAGCGGGGAUGAUUGAAAGGAUUUUUUUUUUGAUGCUAUUAUGUCCCCGUCUGUUUGAGCUGAACACAACGAGCUCCGAUGCCGAAUACAUCGUAGUCGCUCUCUCAGCAGGAUUUUAAACUUCCAACCUUUCCUGCACAUCUCAUAGAUUUCAUUCUACAUUCAUGAAUCUCCACUGUGAGCCCUCACUUCUUUUAAAAACAGUCUCAAUAAUAGAAACUUUGAAUCAGACUGAGUGUCAGAAACUGACAGUUCGUCCUUUUUUUUUUUGCACAACUGUACUCCUCAAAUUCAUAACCACAAUUCAGUAUUAAUGAUUAUUUUUUCUUUAGCAGCAUAUGCUACUUCCAAUGUUUUUCCCCAGAUGAUAUGAAUAGUCAGGAGUUUAAUGAGAAAUUAGAAGAAGAAGCUCUAUAUUUUGACCUGCUUGUUGAGUUUUUUUUUACCAUGAACUUCCUAACUCUCUGCGCAUGUUGAUCUUUCUAAAGAGUUCAGGAGUUUGUUUUAUUCCUUGCAAAAUGCAGAGUUUAUUUUUUAUUUUUUUGCAUUUUGUUUUACUUUCCUUCAGGGCUAAAUUUCACUCAGUAGCUCACCCCCUUCUCUUCUCCUCCUCUACAUACAGAAGGCAUGUUUUCCCACAGGCUCUUGGCGCUGUGAGCACGACAUGUCAGCGUUUCAAUUUACAUAAAACUGGAGAAGAUAAGCGUCACCUUCCUUCACCUGAAAACGUCCCGAAGUCCCGUCUGUCUGACUGUAGUUUAGCCCCUCUCCUCCCUCCCUCCCUCCCUCCCUCCCUCCUCCUCGUCUCCUGCCGUGUUAUCUGGAAUGCAAUAAGAGAGAUGUGAAUGUGUUUUAUGUAGACAUCUUUUGGCAUUACAGCAGAAAUGCACAACAAUAAGCUUAAAUGUGGUGAGUGAGCUGCACAAUCUGUACAAAGAGGUAUUAACUUGGUCUGUGGCUUAAAGUUUGCUUUCGUCUCACACUUAUAGCUGUUGUAACUUAUGUCUUUUAGAAAGACAACAUGAUUUUGCUUGUACGCUUUUUAUGUAUUUUUUACGAGUGAUUGUAAAUAGUUGUUAUAUUUUUGUUUAAGAGAAUGUUUAAAAAGGAAAAAAAUACCUUUUAUUUCUCUGAGUCUACUGAUGAUGAAUUUGGACGAUGAAUAAACAAGCAAAGGAAAAAGAA